AUGACCAACGAAACUUCCGUGGCUGGCAGUGGUCAAGCCCGGGCUGGCUCUCAUUUGAAUGGCUAUCGACAGAUUCGAGCUACCAUCAUCGGCGCAGGUGUUUCUGGGAUUUUGAUGGCCUACAAGCUGCAGUAUUAUCUCAAGGAUCAUGUUGAGUUCCAAAUCUUAGAAAAGUCGCCUGAGCUUGGUGGCACUUGGUUCGAAAACAGAUAUCCAGGUUGUGCCUGCGAUGUUCCCAGCCAUUGCUAUCAGUACAGCUUUGCCCCCAAUCCUGAGUGGUCAAGAUUUUACGCAUCAUCCGGAGAAAUUCAACAAUACCUAUGCGGAGUUGCACGUCAUUUUGAUCUUCUGAAGUACAUCAGGUUCAAUACUAAGGUUGUGAACGCUCAGUGGUCAGAGGGGUCAGGCACAUGGACAAUCGAAACCGAGCAUGGUUCCAAGAUUGAGUCCGAGAUCUUGGUCAACGCAGGAGGCAUUCUCAAUAACCUCCAGAUGCCAGCCAUUGAAGGUCUCAAUUCCUUUACUGGGCCCAUACUUCACACGGCGAACUGGGACCAUUCUGUUGAUCUCAAAGGCAAGGCGGUUGGAGUCAUCGGCUCUGGCGCCAGCUCUGUCCAGCUUCUUCCGCAGAUACAACCCGAAAGCCGCAAGAUCAACAUCUUCAUUCGCACCCCAUCAUGGAUAUCUCCUCCGGUCGCACUACCGGAGGCAGAUCGGGCAGGUAACAAGUACGAGGAGAAGGAGAAGAAGGUCUUCAGAGACGAUGACGAGCAAUACCUACGAGAUCGCAAGAGACUCGAGUCGCAGUUCAACGCCAUGUUCGAUGCAUUCUUCAAGACUAGCCCUCAGCAAAAGGACUUGCGCGAGAGGUUUGAGGGGCGUAUGCGGGCUUUGGUCCGGGACGGAGCCUUACAGGACCGCCUGAUACCCAGAUUCGAAGCAGGAUGUCGACGAAUCAAUCCCGGAGAGCAGUAUCUUCUCACUCUUCAAGAACCUAACGUCGAACCAGUUUUUGACGGCAUCGAGAAGAUCACGCCGGACGGGAUCGUUGCCGGUGGAAUUAAGUAUCCCGUGGACGUGCUCGUCGCCGCCACCGGCUUCAACACCACUUUCCGACCGCGAUUCCCGAUCAUCGGUCGUGGCGGAGUCAACCUGCAAGACUUGUGGGCCAAGAGCCCGACUUCAUACUGCGGAACGGGAGUGUCAGGCUUUCCUAACUACAUGAUCUUCCUGGGCCCUAACACACCAAUUUCCAACGGAAGUCUUAUGGGUCCUAUCGAGGCAACCGGCGACUACUUCAUCCGAAUGAUCUCAAAGAUGGUUCGGCAGCGCGUCAAGUCUUUCGACGUGCGCCUUGAAGCACAGACAGACUUUGAUCAGCACACCCAAAACUUCAUGCGCAACAUGGUCUGGACGGGUGCUUGCCGUAGUUGGUUCAAGAAGGGCCUUGAUGGGAAAGUGAGCGCCCUGUGGCCUGGUAGCUCACUCCAUUACAUGCAGUGCCUAGCCGAAGACCGUUGGGAAGACUACGAAUGGCGGUAUGACGAGCAAAGAUACGCGUACUGGCGAGAUGGGUUCUCCUGGAUCGAGAAACCAGAGAGGGACCCGAUGGGCCUCCAGCAAAGAGAAUACCCGAUGACGAUGUCGACAAUCGCUGACAGAUCCUCGGAUCUAAGCUUCUACCUGACGAAGAAUGAGCCACUUCCUGAAGGCAUCAUUGCUGGAACUACCAACGUGGAUGAGUCUAAACAACAUCUCUCUGGAAGCUCAUUUCUGCUAAAUGAGGAAAUGAACAGCGGUGGUGAAGCUGUCUUGGACGAUAUGCAUGGGCCUGCAGACGACGCACUGAAUGUUCCUGUCGGUAGAUCAAGUGUUGCAGUCCCCGUUUAG